UUUAUAUAUUUACGUGUGAGUUGAAUUGUCUGUAGUUUGUGAUUCACACUUAAUAAUUAUUAAUUUAUUGAAAUUAAUAAUUGGUAUUUUUGAAAUUCACACUUAAUUAACAUUAUUGAUAAAAUUAGAAUGACAGUGCACUAUAUAGAGUGCACUAUAUAGGAGGGAUUUGGGGUUGUUAAGUGACCAUGUUGUAGGAUUUGGAACAUCUUUGGGACGUUGCAUUGUGUGGUAUGUACAAUUAAAGUAGUAGUAACUGAUUUAGUAUGUACAUGAACGAGUUCUUUUGUGUAAUUCGUAGGAAGAAGCAUGAACUGAUGGUUCCGGUUGAGUCCCACUUCCCGGCGCAAUAUUCUUUGUGCUCAUCUUUUGGGAAAUAUAAAAACUUGUUGGCUGCUAUACCAGCGAGUGAGCAGCAAAAUUUUAAGAACCUUCCGUGGGGACAUUUGGCUGAAACUCCAGAACUCCAAUUUUCUGGGCAGAUUGUCCAUAUGUUGUUGUUGCGGAUGGUUCGGAGACAACCUGUGGAUGAGCUUUGGUUUUCUAUACGAGGAAAAAUCUUUAAGUUCACUUUUCAAGAUUUUUGUGCUAUUACUCAUCUUCCGGCAUACACAACCAGACCCCGUUUUGUGAAAAACAGUGACAAAGGUAGUGUGGCUAAGUUAUUCUUUAAAAGACAGAAGCGUGUCACAUACGAAGAACUGAAGGAAACAAUGGCGGCAUUAAAUCCGAAGAGGAGGGUUGACUCCUUAGCAGUUGUGAAGUUGGCUUCUCUUUUUGUGGUAGAUUGUAUGUUGCUGGCUAGAAACCACGACACAAAGAUCAAUGCCAAUCAUCUUGACUGGGUGGAAGACUUUGAGAACUUCAAAAAAUAUCCUUGGGCCCUUGAAUCUUAUAACCUAAUGGUGUCCAAUAUGAAGUCGUUGAUGCGUGAUCAACCGGAGAAGUAUGAGGCUGCUGUAGCUAAUAAACCGAAGUACAAGAACUGUAAGUUCACUGUUUGGGCCUUACCCCAUGUCUUGCAGGUUUGGGCGUAUGAGAAAAUCCCUGGGCUUGCUCCAAGAUGUGGCACCAAAUUCAAAUCUGAAGAAGCUAGUCUUUUCAACUAGAAAGCUACAGGAUUUUUUCACUGUACUACUUUGAAGGAACUGGUUUUUAAGGAAGAGCCUUUAGAAGAAACCGUAAGAAGUUGUUAAUUAUAUUUUUUAGUAAUACACAUGCACUAAUAUCAC